AUGGGGUUGUUUUUUGGGGGGUUUUUGUAUUGUGUGGUGGUGGGGGGGGGGUGGGUGGUUGAUGGGUGGGGUGGGUUUUUGGGGGUGGGUGGGUUGUGGUGUUGGUGGUUGUGUUUGGUUGGUUGUUUUUGUUGUGUUGGGGGUUGUUGUUUGGAGUUUGGGGGUGGGUGUGUUUUGGGGUUGGGUUGGUGUGUGGUUUGUUUUGGGGUGGUUUGGUUUGUUGUUGGGGUUUUAUUGUGUUGGGGGUUGGUUGGGUGUUGGAUGGGGGUUGGUGGGGGGUGGGGGUGA